UAUAGAUGGUGAUAGAAACUUGUGUAAGCUAAAUCAGUGAUAUGGUUCUGGAAACUGAUAGGACAAUUGAAGUCACAGAAGAAGCUGUUCAUUUUGACUUUUUUCUAUUUCUUCUCUGAAUAAAAUUCAAUUGAGGAACUUUCACAUAGUUCCUACUUUCCUAAUAGUCUGAGACUCUAACUGCAGAAAACCAAGUAGUGUGAGUGACAGGGAAAGAAAAACAUGGGCAGAGCUCCAUGCUGUGACAAAGCAAAUGUAAAGAGAGGGCCAUGGUCUCCUGAAGAAGAUGCAAAGCUAAAGGAGUUCAUAGAGAAAAAUGGAACUGGGGGAAACUGGAUUGCCCUCCCCCAAAAAGUUGGUUUGAAAAGAUGUGGCAAGAGCUGUAGACUUAGAUGGCUUAAUUAUCUUAGACCCAACAUUAAGCAUGGGGAGUUCUCUGAUGCAGAAGAUAAAAUAAUCUGCAGCCUCUUUGCUAGCAUUGGAAGCAGGUGGUCAAUAAUAGCAUCUCGGCUGCCAGGGAGGACUGACAAUGAUAUAAAGAACUACUGGAACACGAAGCUGAAGAAAAAAAUGAUGAUGGCCAUGAAUCAUUCAGCAGUGAGGAAACCUCCUCAACAAGCUACAUUUUUAUCUAUCCUCCAAAAUUCAACACCAUCUUCUUCUAAUUCAUUUUUUCAAGCACAAGAAAGUUUCAUCCAUCCCCCUCAGAAGUUCCAAUUUCAAUUUAGCAGUAACUCCUUUGUGUUUGGGGGUGAAACUACUAGUUGUAGCAGCUCUUCUGAUGGGAGCUGUAACAACAAGACCAGUCAUGUCACAGAACCAGACCUUGGAUAUGGUGAAGGGUGUGUUGGUUCAACUUUUAUGGAGCAAAUUGGUGGGGUUGAUUACCUAUACAAUGGGGUGGAAGAUACCCAAAAGUUGAUGUUCAACAAUGGUGAUGGUGUAAGUGGGUGGACAGAGAAACAAAAUGGAUUGUGGGAAGAAAAUCCAAUGGAUAAUGGUCUAGAAGAAAUUAAGGAGCUAAUUAGCACAAGUAGUUGCAACAACUUUUUGUUUGGUGACAAGAAGACAGAGGAAAAGGUCAUGUACUACUGAUGCUGACAAUGGCUAAAAAUGAAGAAGAUUUGAAGGGGAAAGUAAUGGGCAUGAUGGAUAGAAGAAGAUUCAAACUUGGACUAAGUUUGUAAUUUUGUGGAUUGUUUUUUCUAAAUAAGUAUCAAAUAAGAACAAUUUCCUUUGUUUAAAAAGUACAUGGUAAAGGUUUCUCUUUGCAUUGUAAUCCCACCAUUUGAAUUUUUGAACCAUAA